AUGGAUCAGAGCUGCCUCGAGUCCAGGUGCUGCCUCGACGAGGGGCUGCAGUGCUACGCCAAAGACGAGACUUUUGCCAGGUGCAAGCCCUCGUGUGUCCCCGGGCCAGACAUGCAAGACGUGGACGGGAAGCAUUGGAGCUGCGAGCAGCUCGGUCCUCGCACACCCGGCACGAUCACAGAGGUGGACGCGACGAAGCUGCCAGUCCCGAGUUGGGUCAGGUGGGCGUGCUCCAGCAAGGGCGAAGACUGCAGCGCCCGCGGGUGCUGCAAGGACCGGGGCCACCAGUGCUUCGGGGAGAGCGGCGGCGCCGGCCUCUGCAGGGUCGAGUGCGAGGAGGGCUCGGCGUGCGAGGCGAGGGGGCCGCGGACGCCCGGGAGGCCCCGGCGGGGCUCGUUCCUGGUCAUCGGGGACUGGGGCUGGGACCCGCACGCUUACGGCAGUCAGCAGAACCACGAGUGCCAGGCUUCGAUUGCGCGGCUGAUGGACCGCACCAUGGGCGAGCUUGGGGACGUCAGGUUUGUCGUCAACGUGGGCGACUCGUUCUAUCCGAACGGCGUGAAGGACAGGGUCGACCCGCAGUGGGAGGCGAAGUGGCGGAGUCUCUACAGCUUCCAGAUUCGUGCAGUCCCCUGGUACAGCGUGUACGGGAACCACGACCUCCACGAAGCAUCGUGUGCGUGCACCGAAGACGAGUCGCAUUGCGCCCAAGCAAACUAUAACGAGGACGAUCGGGACUUCUUCGCGAUGCCAGGCACAAGCUACUACAAGGAGCUUCCCGAUCUGGGUAUCGAGGUCGUGGGCCUAGAUCUCAACCACUUUGUCGGCGGAGACCGAGCCAGGAGCAAAGACGAACUGAAAUUCGGCUCGACGGCGGAGUGCAUCUCGAUCAUCCGCAAUCGCACCCAGCGGGGCUUCGACCUCUUCUUCGAGCGAGCUGAGAAGUCGAACGCCACAUCCUUGGUCGUCUUCUCCCACUACCCGACGGACUACUUCUCCCUCGCCCCGGAGUUCCUCGCGGCACUCAGGGACAACUCGCGACACGACAUCACGUACUUCGGCGGCCACCGGCACAGCACCGACAACGUCAGCACCACCUCCACCAGGCCGAACACGAACUGGGUCGUGGGCGGCGGCGGCGGCUGGGGCUGCGACUCAAACAAGCAGGGCUUCGUGGUCGGAGAGGUCAACGUCGACGGCUCCAUCUCGACCCGCGCCGUCUGGGCCUCUCCGGGGACGUGCUGCGACGGUCAGCAGCUGGGCGAGCCGAGGCCCGUCAGGUAG